UUCUGUGAACUUGGAGCCGCUCACUUACUUAGCUGCUGUCAUUUUGCCAGUCUGUCGGUAAGCUGGACGUUUUUAUGCUUCAGGAGGUUCGGGUCGUAACUGGUACCCCAUUGUCCGCCAAGCCACGAAGGGCGACAGCCCCCACCAUUUUUCGGGAAGACCGGAGAGGACCUACUAGCUAGCUACCGUAAAGGAUUUGAGCACACAACUCAAGGAUUGAUCGGAUUGGCACAAUAGCUAGCUACCGGUAGCUAGCAGUUCGGAACUCUAAGCAACCACAAUUGGAAGCAACUUCGCAUUUUGCUCAGCACCUUGUGCACUCAACCCCCACUUGCUGUUUUGAUUGUAGUAAAGGCACGUUCUUGGCUUCUAUAGUAGUUCCGCCAAGGACAGGAAGAGGAGGAGCCGAAGCCUCGAACACAAACUAAUACCUAUUGAUACCAAAAAUUUGCAGCCUUGAUAUACAUAUACAUACCUUAAGCAAAAGUACAUCACUACAUCAAAGUUCCAACAGAUCAAAGGCAUUAGUGAAAGGAGAGAAUGGAUCAGAAACCGCCAGCAAAAGACGGAGGUAAAAGAAAACGAGACGAGACGGAGGGAGACAAAGAUGAAGCCAAGCCAAGCACUCAAUCAUCCGAUGAUGACGAAUCACAGGAAGAGUCCAUGAAGACUGAAGCAGACUAUUCGAAUCUGGAGCGCCUCCGCAAACAGAAGCGGCUGGCUAUGAACAGAGAGUCUGCACGCAAUCGUCGAAAAUUUAAGAAGGAGAAGCUAGAAACACUUGCAGCGCAGGUUGAAAGGCUAAAUCAAGCCAAUCAGGCGCUUCAGGCUACCGUUCAGACUCUUUCAGGAAAGGUACAGCAGCUGGAAGGCGAAUUGAGCGUGGCCAGGUCAACCAUUGCAGUGCUCACGGGGUCAUCAGCACCACCUGGGAGAGCGUCAAUAUCCACGUCGGCAGUCCUUCCCGCGGCUGCUACUGCUGCAGCUUCGCCACCCCAAUUGUUACCAGGGAGCGCUUCCUUGACCAACAAUUCGCCUGCCGACCCACCUCUGCAAGGAGCUGCUGCUGCUUCUGCGUUGCAGCUAUUGUCGGGUAAUGUGGCAGCAAGGACCCCAGCAUCGGCAGCGGCCGAGUCGUUGCUAGGCAGCAGUACCGCCGCUGGUCGUUCGUCCGCGGAUGCCAGGCCCUCCUCUUCGCGUCUCGGUCUGGAAUCCUCUUCCGAUCGAAUUGGUUCCGACCGAGACUUAGUGGCGCAGCUACAGCAAACGCUUGCACAGGGAGGACAUCUAAUGUCGGUGCCACAAGCUCAGCAUUUUAUCCAGCUCACCCAAAAUCAAACCAGUACUCAGCCAUCAGCUGCGAUUGCUCAAAUGGAGCAGCUCCUGGCGGGUUCGAGGCUUGCUGGUGCUUUUCCCAUUUCCCAGCUUGAUAGGAUUUCCACUGGACUGACAUUAAAUUCGUUAUCUGUUUCCACAAAGGGUAAUCAGCAAUCCACCCUUAGUGUCGACGAUGUCUUGCGACUUGUAGGGCAGGGCCAAAGAGGGGUUGCUCUCCUGGCAGCUGCUGGGGCAAAUACAACAGCUGGGAAUGCAGCUUCAAAUACCGGUACUGUGGCAGAAGGGUCCGUCAAUCCUCUCCUGUCCAUGCUACGGGGAGCCGGGGGCUCUGCAGCGGCAGCUGGGACAGGUGCCUUGGGUCUUGCAGCGGCAGCCGGAACAGGUGCUUUUGCAGCGGCAUCCGGGAACCAAGACUCUCGGAAUCAAAGUGGUGCCACAGAUGAUGCUUCUGUCAACCUGAUUGCUCUCCUCCGUGCUCAUGGUGGAUCUGGCGGCUCUGCCAAUUCAUCAAGCCACACGGGCUCUACCAGACGUCCAGGUGUCGACCCAUAAUAAGAAUCCAGUUGAUUGUCGGCCCAGCAUAAAUUUGGUAAUGAUGUUGGAUACAUGUUCGAGGAAUUGCUUUGGCUGGGUGAUACGUUCUAAAGGACGUGGUUUCGGCGAGGUCUUGGCAUGCCUUUGGCAUGCCUCAGGUUUGUUGAUGUGAUGUGAUAUGGGUGUUGUAAUGCUCGAGGCGUGAGUAAGGCUCAAGGCGUGAGUCCAUCCGGAGGACGAAAUGAUACCGCAAAGACCAACAAUGUAUUCGGUACCGGAUUGAGACACCUCAGAAGAGGAGCUCUCUCCGAAAAGGCGCCCUUUCUCUCUCGCACUCCAGCUGACUCGCGUUGGAUUGGGUCGAAUUCUCCACCGUGGGAUUGUCCAUUGUCCUUCACAGAGAGCAUGUAUUCAUGUGGGAACGAUGAACGAGGAAGGGCUCGAGAAAGGCUGACAAGUGCAGUUUGGGGUUGUGUCUACUAGACCCUGAUCAGAACAUUGGAUGUUCGGUUGCACAAAGAUUCCCACGCGACUUCACGGAGAGAGGAGCUCUUGAGACUGAACGUAGCAGCGGGCAGCGGGGAAUGCCGCAUCUUUUUUUAGGCUCCUAUAGAGGAUACCAUUGCAGCUUGAUCAUAACCUCGGGUUGCAUUUCCUUUUUGAAAGCAGCCCUCAGAAGAGGGGCAAACACCUCAGAUGCACGGUAUCAUGGCACUUCCCCUUCAUGCGAUGGUUGGCGUAAGCUUAGCAAAGAAGCAGCGACUGAUCGUAAUAAAGAGAUCGAUCGCCACCAACGUGGGUUUUUGUGGUCGGUUUCUAAGCGGGAGUCUGAAGGCCCCCUAAUGCUCUGAAACGUUGUGACUCCUCUAAGGGCAUUGAGCGUGCUGUACUGUACCCCAGUACCAUUUCAUGCGUCUCUCGCCACAUUCAAAACCGUCCAUCGGUAGUCCCAUCUAAUCCCAAUAGUCACCAUAGC